UCCACCCCGGGUCUGCGCCGACCUUGAGCCCAUCCAGCCUGUUUAAACGGCGGAGUCAAUGUAAAGGAAAGUUGCCUGACGUCACGCAGUGUGGGAGAAAGAUGGCCACGUUAACGAACGGCGUGCAGCAGGCAGCAGACAGCCUUAACAACAACAUCCAAAUCAGCACUGUCAACGGGCCUAUGAACGGACUCAGCCACAGCCAGAACAGCACCAUCCCCAUGAAGGACCACGACGCCAUCAAACUUUUCAUCGGCCAGAUCCCCCGCAACCUGGAGGAGAAGGACCUCAAGCCCCUCUUUGAGGAAUUUGGCAAGAUCUACGAGCUCACGGUGUUAAAGGACCGCUUCACCGGCAUGCACAAGGGUUGUGCCUUCCUAACGUACUGUGCCAGGGAAUCCGCUCUAAAGGCCCAAAGUGCGUUGCACGAACAGAAGACAUUACCUGGGAUGAACAGACCGAUCCAGGUGAAACCAGCGGACAGCGAAAGCAGAGGAGAAGACAGAAAAUUAUUUGUGGGCAUGCUGAACAAACAACAGUCAGAGGAGGACGUACGCAGACUAUUUGAAGCUUUCGGUAACAUUGAAGAGUGCACAAUCCUUCGAGGGCCUGAUGGAAAUAGCAAAGGAUGUGCAUUUGUGAAAUUUUCCACACAUGCAGAAGCCCAGGCAGCUAUCAACGCCUUACACGGUAGCCAGACGAUGCCAGGGGCGUCUUCAAGCCUGGUGGUAAAAUUUGCAGAUACUGACAAGGAACGUACAAUGCGCCGCAUGCAGCAAAUGGCAGGGCAGAUGGGGAUGUUCAACCCAAUGGCCAUCCAGUUCGGUGCAUAUGGUGCUUAUGCUCAAGCGUUGAUGCAGCAACAAGCAACGAUAAUGGCGUCAGUUGCGCAGGGAGGUUACCUGAACCCGAUGGCAGCAUUUGCAGCAGCACAGAUGCAGCAGAUGGCAGCCUUGAAUAUGAAUGGACUUGCAGCUACACCCAUGACACCAACAUCAGGCGGGAGCACACCUCCUGGUAUCACCGCACCAGCCGUGCCUAGCAUUCCUUCUCCAAUUGGAGUAAAUGGAUUUACCGGCCUCCCCCCACAGGCUAAUGGACAGCCCACAGCAGAAGCCGUCUUUGCCAAUGGAAUCCAUCCCUACCCAGGGUCAGCUCAUGAGUGGUCUCCAGAGGCCAGGCAGGACGUUUCAUCCGGCCCGCGAUGUGCUCUAUUGUUAUUUACUAGAGCCGGCUCACCAGUCCUCCCAAUCGCUCAGACGGGAGAUGAAAACUCCAACCAGAUGUGGCACACAGUAAGCUCCGUCUGCACGCACGCACAAAGCCCGACUGCAGCUGAUCCAUUGCAGCAAGCAUACGCUGGAGUGCAGCAAUACGCAGGUCCUGCCUACCCUGCUGCUUACGGACAGAUUAGUCAAGCCUUCCCACAGCCUCCUCCAAUGAUACCCCAGCAACAGAGAGAGGGUCCAGAAGGUUGCAACCUUUUUAUCUAUCACCUUCCUCAGGAGUUUGGAGAUGCUGAGCUCAUGCAAAUGUUCCUGCCUUUUGGUAAUGUCAUCUCCUCAAAAGUGUUUGUGGACCGAGCGACAAACCAAAGUAAAUGCUUUGGUUUUGUGAGUUUUGACAAUCCUGCCAGUGCCCAGGCUGCCAUCCAGGCAAUGAAUGGUUUUCAAAUUGGCAUGAAGAGGCUGAAAGUACAGCUCAAGAGACCGAAAGAUGCCAACCGCCCUUACUGAACCGCUACUACUCAACUGAGACUUGAGAGCUACUACAGGGCGGAAACUGGAGAGGACCGCAUGUACAAAAAAAUAAUAAAAGUACUGUUAAAUAAACCUUUGGACAUAUCAGCAUACACCAAUCAAGCUGAAGACUUCUUCAGACUUUUAUCUUUGACUGCUCUGAUUGUUUAGACUGUUAAGUCUCUUCAAAAUGUAUCACUUCUGCUGAAGGAUGAGUUUUGAACGCCUGAAAGGAGAAAAUAUAUUUAAAAAAAAGAUACUAGGAGCUUUUAGAGCAACACGUUGAUAAGGAGUGCCUGUUGUCAUCAUGGAUACAGUUGUCAUGGUCAUACAUGGCAACAGUCACUAUAAGUAUCUGUCAUUCCUUAGGUAUUUUAGGGACCAAAGGACCAAACUUUUUAUUGCAGACUUGUAGUCGUAUGUAAAUUAUGGAUUUCUUUCCUUCUCUCACUGUUCCUAAAACGGUCUGAAGAGUUUACCAUGAAUUGUAAAAAAAGUAAACUAAUAAUAAUGAUAAUAAUACAUACAUAACUGCUUUAAAAGAAGCAAGAUUGUAGUUCUUUGAUACUUUGGGAAGCACUUUGGUAUCAUUAAUUCAAGUAAGUAGUUUUCAUAUGGUUUUCUGUAACUUUCGUGAGGACUGAACAUUUGAGAUUGGCUUAACUGUGACCGGUGAGAAGCAAAAAAAAAACUUACUGAGUGAGGAUUAUUUUGGAAAUAGAAUUAUUGCUUGAAAAUGGUUCAUUGUGUUCUUACCUUCCCUUAAAAAAAGAAACUCAAUAGGUGUACAGAGUAAUAAAACUUUUAAAUUACCAAUAUAAAAAUAUAAAAAAAUUAGACAUAAAAAUGCAAAAAAAUAGAGGUUAGCAUUACUGCUAAGAAAAGAAAUCCUGUAGAAUUGUAAUUUUGUAGAAUUUAGAUGAGCAUAUGUUCAUAUACUGCCAAUAGCUGUCUGAUGCUGUUAACUGCUGACAGAAGAUAAGCCACACUGGCAGCUCCUUGACUGCAAUCAUUCCAGCUACAAUUAUAAAAGUAAAAAUAUAUUAAAAAAAAGACACAAAAACUGAAACUAUUGUAAACAUUGCAGCAAACCAUGGAUUUGAAUAUCCACCAAGUGUUAGCGAAGACCCGGAGUAGACUCCCAUUCGUCUGGAAAACCUGCUUGACAUCACCAAGACCUGCUCUAAGCAAAACUCCUACCAACCUCCAUUCAUAACGAUAGUACUCUCUCACAUUCAAAAACUAAGUAAGGAAACUUCAGGGCCCAGUGCAAAGUCCUGACUCCCAACAAUCUAACACUGAAUCUGUAACAAACAAAAAAAAAAAGAGAGAAUCUCUGCUGUUUACAGGAGGUCAAAAAAAAACAGAGAAUGUUUAAAAGGUUCUGGCUCUGUUUUAUGUAAAUAAAUUUGCAUAUUUUGUAGGACUUUUACUGUACUGAUUGAGAAAAAAGGAAACUAUUUAAUGAAAGCACGGUAUUUAUCUUUGGUAACUGACGUAAUGGAGCAGUUGAAAAAAAGCACUGUGUUGAAUGCUGUAAAAUCUGGUGACAAUUUAUUUAUGAAUAAUUUAUUCUGAUAUUUAUUAUUAAUUUAGGAAGAUGCUACAUUUUAAAUUAAUUUACAAGUGCCAGAAUCAUGGUUGGCAGCUGCAUGGUUUUAUUAUGACCAUUUUUAUUUAUUGCUUGUAGAAUUAUUUUUUUUAAACACAUUUUGAUAACUUUUCCAAUUUCCACUCAUCUGCUUUUUCUAUAAUUUUAGCUUAUUAUUUUUUUCUAUACAAAACAAGUACUGUAUACCUAAUCUAACGUGGCAUACAGUUAUAAUAAGACUGCUCUCUUCACCCUCAGUUACCUAGAAACAAUUGUAAUCUUCAUGUAAGUACUGAAUGACGCUUUUCAGCUUAGCCCUAAAUAAAGCACAGUUUAAGAAAAAGUAUCUUGGUCUCUUUUGGGUCUAUUUGCACCAACACUGACUUCACAUUCAGCCCAUGUAGCUGUAAGCAAUUUCUCACAUACAGCUUUGUUCAUUUAAAACUGCCAAAAGAUCCAGAAGAUAGUUCUCUCUUUAGAGACAGCACAAGCUGUUUAAUGCUGUUGAAAGGUUCCCCUGAUGACCACUGCACUAAUAAUGACUAGUGGAAGGACAUAAUGGGAGCAGGAGUAGGUGACCUGGCCCCACAAGUCUGUCCCACCGUCCAAUAUUAUCACGGCUAAUCUGCCCCAAGCCUCAUCUCCUCUGUGCCUGUUCCCCGUUGCCAUCUAUUCCCUGAUCUUACAAAAGGUUAGCUGCUUCCUCGUUAAAUACCUGCAAUUAUCUAAUCACUCCAGCCCUCUUGUUACAGUUGCAUUGGUUAGACAGCACUCGAAAUAUUGCAUACAGUUCUGGUCGCCACACCAUGGAAGGAUAUGGUAGCAAUAGAGAGAGUGUAGAAGCUAAACACCAGUAUGUUGCUUGGAAUGGAGGGAUGUGGUUAUAAAGAGAGGUUAGAUAUAGAGCCAUGGAGUCAUACAGCAUGGAAACUGGCCCUUUGGCCCAACUUGCCCAUGCCGACCAAGAUGCAUCUACACCAGUCCCACCUGCCUGCAUUUGGCCCGUAUCUCUCCAAACAUUUCCUAUCCACAUACCCAUCCAGAUAUGCUGGGUUUACUCUCACUGGAACACAGGAGGCUGAGGAGGCUUUGGGCCCUCUCCAAAGCCAGCACAUUACUCCUCAGAUAUGGGGUCCAAAACUGCUCACAAUACUCCGAAUGCAGUCUGAUCAGUGCCUCCUAAAGCCUUAUAAAGCCGGGCGAAGACAGAGGGAUAUGAGGAAAAGCUUAUCAAGCAGAGUAGAAAUACUUUCUAAUGACUGGAGGAGAUAGAAUCAUAGACUUAUCGAAUUGUACCAUAGUAAUACACGUCUUGUCACACCUUGAUAUGCUAAUCCCAUUUAUUUGCAUUAGGCCCAUAUCCCUGUAUCACAUUCCUAUCUAAAUGCCUAGCCAAUGAUGUUAUUGUAUUUACCUGUACAAUUACUCUUUCCACCGUCCUUACACUUACACCACAGAUCUCUUUUAAAUUUCUCUCCUCUCGCCUCAAACGUAUGCCCUCUAGAUUUAGUCUCACCUGAUUUUUGAGAAAGGUAGAUGAUUGAAUGACAUAGUAGAUUCAUAGUCAUACAGUGUGGAAACAGGCCCUUCGGCCCAAAUUGCCCACAGCAGCCAACAUGUCCCAGCUACACUAGAUCCACCUGCCUGCGCUUUGCCUAUAUCCAUCCAAGCCUGUCCUAUCCAUGUAUCUGUCUAACCAUUACAUAAACGUUGGGAUAGUCCCUCCAUCAAAUACCUCUAGCAGCUCGUUCCACACAUCCACCACGCUUUGUGUGAAAAGUUACCCUCAGAUUCCUAUUAAGUCUUUUCCCCUUCACCUUAAUCCUAAAACCUCUGUUCCUCGAUUCACCUACUCUGGGCAAGAGACUCUGUGUGUCUACCCGAUCUAUUCCUCUCAUGAUUUUAUACACCUCUAAAAGAUCACUCCUCAUCUUCCUGCGCUCCAAGGAAUAGUGUUCCAGUCUACACAACCUCUCCCUAUAGCUCAGACCAUCUAGUCCUCGCAACAUCCUCAUGAAUCUUCUCUGUACUCUUUUUAGCUUGGCAACUUCUUUCCUACAACAUGGUGUUCAGAACUGAACACAAUACCCUAAAUGCAGCCUCACCAACAUCUUCUGCAA